UCCGGGUUGUUUGAUGUCCCGGCUGAAGCGGUUGCCGUGGGUUUCCACUUUCUGCGAGCGGCGGUGGCCUCAGCCUGGAAUGUGGGAGCCGCGGCCUGGGUGAGAGCUGGGCUCGCCCUUCUGGUGUUGAGCGCUCCGAGUCUGGGCGAUGAGCGUGCGAGGCCUCGGCCCCGGCCUCACCGCCGCUCUCCUCCUCUUCCUGCAGCUGGUGGUGGUUUUACCAGGAGACGCCGUCGUUGGCAGGGAAGCCGGGCCCCCGUCACAAACCCGGGGCCACGAGCGUCAGUUCGAUACUUUGAAUCAAUUGUUAACUGAUUAUGACAUCCUCUCCUUGUCGGAUAUCCAUCAGCACACUGUAAGAAAGCGUGAUGCAGGACUACAGUCCCAUAUAGAACAAUCUGUACAGUUUUCAGCCCUCAACAGAAAUUUUAAACUGUAUUUAACUUCAAGCGUGGAGCAAUUUUCUGAAACUUUCAGAGCAGUUGUAGUAGAUGGAUAUGGAAAUGAAGAAGAAUAUCCUGUGCAAUGGAAAAACUUCUUUACUGGCCACGUGAUUGGUGAACCAGGGUCAAAAGUCCGAGCUGUUAUUGAUGAUGAGGAUUUUACUGCCAGAAUUGUUACUGAUGAAGGAGAAUAUAAUGUAGAGCCACUAUGGAGGUUUAUUGAUUCUGUGCCUGUUGAAAAAUUGUUGGCAUACAAAUCUGAAGAUGUCCGGGAAAUUGGGCGUUUAACGUCAUCAAAUGUUUGUGGUUAUGUAAAGCUGAAUGAAUCUGAGCUUUUUCCAGAAGAUGUUGAGGAUGAGGAGGAUGAUUUUGAUAUAGAUGCCUCGACAGAAUACAUCCAGCGGCAGAAAAGGCAAAAUGCUCCUCGGGAUACUGAGAAGAAUACUUGCAAAAUGCUAGUUGUAGCAGAUUAUCGUUUUUUUAAGCACAUGGGGCGUGGGGAAGAGAGCAUCACCAUCAAUUAUUUGAUUGAAUUGAUUGACCGAGUGGAUGACAUUUAUCGAAAUACCACAUGGAGUGCAGGUUGGAAAGGAUAUGGAGUACAGAUAGAGGAGAUCAUCGUUAAUAAAGAACCGACAAAGGUGACCACAGGACAGAAACAUUACAAUAUGGCUGGAAGCUAUCCAGAUAACAAAGAUGCUUGGGAUGUAAAACCUCUGCUAGAGCAAUUCAGCGCUGAUAUAGCCAAAAGUGCUUCUGAAGUUUGCCUUGCACAUCUGUUUACGUACCAAGAUUUUGAACAUGGAACACUUGGGCUAGCUUAUGUUGGAUCUCCAAAAGCACGUGCAUUAGGUGGCAUUUGCCCUACACGUAAGUCCAAAUCCUAUGACCACCCCAACAUGCAGAAGCCAGUUUACCUAAACACUGGAUUAACUAGCACUAAGAACUACGGGAAAACAAUCCUCACCAAGGAAGCAGAUCUUGUCACUACUCAUGAAUUAGGCCAUAACUUUGGAGCGGAGCAUGAUCCAGAUACCAGUGAAUGUGCCCCUACUGAUGAUGGUGGUGGGAAAUACGUCAUGUAUCCCAUUGCAGUGAGUGGUGACCAGGAUAAUAACAAGCUGUUCUCCAACUGCAGCAAACGAUCGAUUUAUCAGACACUAAUUACCAAAGCAUCCAAGUGCUUUCAAGAAAGGAACAACAAAGUAUGUGGGAAUUCACGUGUGGAUGAAGGAGAGGAGUGUGAUCCUGGACUUCUACAUCUAACUGAGGACAAAUGUUGUACUCAACAAUGUCGACUCAAAAAAGACAAAAAAUGCAGUGAUAAGAACAGCCCAUGCUGCAAGGAUUGUCAAUUUGAAAAAGCUGGAAAGAAGUGUCAGGAAGCAAUCAACGCAACAUGCAAAGGAGAAUCCACUUGUACAGGGACUGACCAGUUUUGUCCUGCUCCUGGUAAUGCUGCAGAUGAUACCAUCUGUGUGGACAUGGGAAAGUGUUCAAAUGGGGAAUGCAUUCCUUUCUGUGAGGCAGAGAAAGGUCUCAAAUCAUGUGCUUGUAAUGAGACGGAUGAUUCCUGUAAAGUUUGCUGCAGAGAUAAGGGAAUUUGCAGUCCAUAUAUAGAUAAAAACAAACAAUUUUUGUACCUGCGCAAAGGGAAACCCUGCACUGUUGGAUUCUGUGAUGGGCAUGGCAAAUGUGAAAAACAAGUACAAGAUGUCAUAGAACGAUUCUGGGAUUUCAUUGAGAAAUUAGAUAUCAACACCUUUGGGAAAUUCCUGGCAGAUAAUAUUGUUGGAUCUGUUGUCGUAUUCUCUCUGGUGUUUUGGAUUCCCCUCAGUAUUCUUGUCCACUGUGUGGAUAAGAAGCUAGACCAGCAGUAUGAGGAGAGCACAAAAACAUUCUUCCCUUCCAGUAACCCUGAGAUGUUUAGUAGCCUAGAGUCUGCCUCAGUUCGAAUAGUGAAGUCUCUUCCUCAGUCUACGAGCCGUUUUCAACCACCACCACCACCACCACCACCAGUUACUGUUCCAACACUGGUAGUGCCAACAAAAACUGACCAUCAUCGGAUGGACACUAUACAGGAAGAUCCUAGCGCUGACUCUCUAAUUGGUGAGAGUGGGUUAGAUGAGGAUCCUUUUCCAAAUAGUAGCCAGACAGCAAAAUCCUUUGAAGAUUUAACAGGGCAUUCUGUCAACAGGAGUGACAAGGCAUUCAAAUUGCAGCGACAAGCCCGGAUUGACAGUAAGGAAACAGAGUGCUGAGUUCGUCAGUCAGAGUAGUCAUUUUUUAAAAAAAGCUGAAUUAUUUAUCAUGUGGCUUCUCUGAUUUUUGUUACAAGUUAAAUCCAACUAUGUGUAAAUUUGAUAUGAUCUACUUCCCUGCAUGUGCAGUAUUUUUUAAAGAACUGGUAAUUUGACUCCUAGCUUGAAGCUCCUAUAACUGGCCCUGAAGUACCGCAAUCUGACUCUAAAUGCAGCCCUUUUUUUUUAAGUAAAUGAAUAAAUUUGGGCCAAUCAUGACUUAGCAUAAAUAAUUCAAAUCCUUGAGUAAAUUAUCGUUGUAUUUUUUACAAUGCAUACCUGUACAUAGUCAUCAAGUCUUGCAAGCAAUGCAAGUAUAUUUUCUUUUAUUUUUAAAAAAAAAAUUCCAAAAACUGACACUGUUUGAAAGGACUGAUGCCAAUUGCUACCCUGUCACAUUUAUAACUAACAUUCAGUCAUGUUCUUCUCUGUAUCAGUACUUGCAAGCAGUGUGGGCAGAUUAAUGCUGCAAUUUUUGUAAUGAUUUAAGGCUUUUGUGAAUAUAAAAACUUUGGGGAACUAGUAUGAUAGCAUUGUACUUUAAUAAAGAGUUUGGAUUUUUAA